CCACACCCUCUCUUUCCCUCAUCAAAUUGCAUUCUCUUUGUCUCUCUCUUUCUACUUUCUCUCUCUAAAUUGCACCUAUAGAGCGACCCUCUUCUAUCUCUCUCUACAUCGGUCUCUCUCUUAAAUCGCCCCCUUCUGUGCGGAGUGAGAAGAGGUGCACUGUCUGUCCUCAUUGUGGGCAUGUCAUGGGUAUUGUCUCUUAAAAAAAAUAAAAGCAACCUUUCUGUUCAACAAUAUAUUCCGAGUUUAGUUUGUGUACUUAUGCAUAUGAGAUGGGUUCUCGAGGAAGGCCAUUAUUUGAUCUCAAUGAACCGCCUGCAGAGGAUAAUGAUGAUAGAGAUGGUAUUGUCUGCAUCCAGCCCCAAAAGACACACCCAUCGGCAAAUCCCCAUGCUUCUGAAUUAUUUGCAACAUCAACUGCAUCCCAAGGAAUAGUAAAUAAUCAUGCUUUUUCACAUGCCUCAUCUGUCUCUGGAUUUCAACCUUUUGUUCGGCCUAAAUCCACUGGUGUGCCUGAAUCAGAUGCUGAAUUGAAGAGAGCAGGAGACCAGGACACAAAAGUUUCCUCAAAGUCAAGUAAAGAUGAAGAUGUGAAGGUUAUAGAUUCACUGAUUCAAAGUUCAACAAAUGCCCAACCUACUGAGAGGGAAGAAGGGGAAUGGUCUGAUGAGGACGUGUUUGCUAAUGCAAAUGGAGGUAAUAAUGCUAAUGCAAAUGGAGGUAGUAAUGCUAAUGCAAAUGUAGGGAAUAAUUUGCCACAGCGAAGUCAAGCUUCAGAAGAGGUAGCAGCAUCUGGAAUGGUGGAUGGGGGUGUUGUGGUUGCUUCUGACGGUAAGCAUAGAAAUCUUAAGAGUUCUGAUAGUAUAAAUGAUGAAAAGGGUAGUCAUGCUUCUAUAGGUCUAGAAUCAAAUUCGAGUGAGCAGAAAAGCAAUAGUAUUCCAAAUUCAGAAAGCAAUAUAAAAAGUGAAACCUCUACUGAUGCACUGGAGGAACCCGCUUUAGUUCCCAAGCAAAAAGAAGUGAAAGGUAUUGAAGCAAGUCAUGCGCUUAGGUGUGCAAAUAAUCCAGGGAAGAGGAAGAUUGACCAACGUAAAGAGGAAAUGUUGGGAAAGAAACGUAAUAGACAGACAAUGUUUCUUAACUUAGAGGAUGUUAAGCAAGCAGGUCCUAUUAAAACCUCAACCCCUAGAAGGCAGAAUUUCUCGUCAUCUGUUGUAAGUCGUACAAUAAAGGAAGUCCGCACUAUUCCUGCACAAGUUGAGCGUGUUGGAAUAGCUAAGGAUCAGAAGCUCACUGAGACUACUUCUGGUGAAGGUAGCAACCAUGCUGAAGCACACGAACCUAAAUCUGAUUGUAAUGGCGAUACUACUGGACCACUUGUUAGAUCCAGGAGGUUAAACAGUGAGACAGAACCUCCUGCAGAGGCCAAUUUACCACCCAUUCCGAGACAGGGUUCAUGGAAACAAUUGACAGAUUCAAGGCAGCAGAAAAACACUCUCCAUUCUAAUAGGAAGUUGGGAUUGAGUGGUCAAAGUUCCAAUGAUGUUAAGUUAGGAAACAAGAAACAUCUUUCUAUCAAGAAGCAGACUCCUAUCAACAACCAGUCCCAGGACACAUCUGUUGAACGUCUUAUACGGGAGGUGACCAGUGAAAAGUUUUGGCAUCACCCAGAGGAUACUGAGCUUCAGUGUGUUCCUGGACGGUUUGAAUCAGUGGAAGAGUAUGUUAGAGUAUUUGAACCUUUGCUUUUUGAGGAAUGCCGUGCUCAACUUUACAGUACUUGGGAAGAGUCAACAGAAACAGUGUCAAGGGAUACUCAUAUUAUGGUGCGAGUGAAGGCGAAUGAGUCAAGGGAAAGAGGGUGGUAUGAUGUUAAAGUUCUUCCAGUACAUGAGUUCAAAUGGUCAUUUAAGGAGGGUGAUGUUGCAAUUCUUUCAUCCCCCAGGCCUGGAUCAGUUAGAUCCAAGCAGAACAAUUUAUCUGUAGCUCAGGAUGACGGGGAAUCUGAAGUCACGGGACGAGUGGUUGGUACGGUUAGGCGUCACAUACCUAUUGAUACCCGUGAUCCUCCUGGUGCUAUUCUUCAUUACUAUGUUGGAGACUCUUAUGAUCCCAGCAGGGUUGAUGAUGACCAUAUCAUAAGAAAGCUUCUAAGUGGAAGCAUCUGGUACCUCACCGUUCUUGGUUCUCUUGCCACCACACAACGGGAGUAUGUUGCCCUACAUGCAUUUCGUCGAUUAAAUUUGCAGAUGCAAAGUGCAAUCCUUCAGCCUAGUCCCGAACACUUCCCUAAAUACGAGCAACAGACCCCAGCCAUGCCCGAAUGCUUCACACAGAACUUUGUUGAGUAUCUACGUAGGACCUUCAAUGAACCCCAGUUGGCAGCAAUCCAAUGGGCAGCUACCCACACAGCUGCUGGCACAAGUAGUGGAUCAACUAAAAGGCAAGAACCUUGGCCAUUUACCCUUGUUCAAGGACCUCCAGGAACAGGAAAAACACAUACAGUGUGGGGAAUGUUGAAUGUCAUUCACCUUGUUCAGUAUCAGCACUACUACACCUCUUUACUAAAGCAUGUGGCCCCUGAGAGCUACAAGCAAGUCAAUGAGAUUAAUUCAGAUAAUGUCCCCACUGGAUCUAUUGAUGAAGUUCUUCAAAACAUGGACCAGAAUCUCUUGCGAACCUUACCUAAACUGGUCCCAAAACCUAGAAUGUUAGUCUGUGCUCCAUCUAAUGCUGCCACUGAUGAGCUUCUUGCUCGUGUUCUGGAUCGUGGAUUUAUUGAUGGGGAGAUGAAAGUUUAUCGACCAGAUGUGGCUCGAGUAGGGGUUGAUUCUCAGACACGUGCUGCCCAAGCAGUAUCUGUUGAGCGUAGAACUGAACAGCUUUUAAUCAAGAGUCGGGAAGAAAUUAUGGGAUGGAUGCACCAGUUAAAGAAUCGUGAGGCACAGCUGACUCAGCAGUUGCAUUGUCUCCACAGAGAUCUUAAUGCUGCUGCUGCUGCUGUUCGUUCCCAAGGAUCUGUUGGUGUUGAUCCUGACCUUCUCAUGGCCCGAGAUCAGAAUCGAGAUGCUUUGCUACAGAGCCUUGCUGCUGUGGUUGAAAACCGGGACAAGGUUUUGGUUGAGAUGUCUCGCCUAGCCCUUCUUGAAAGUAGGUUUCGACCUGGUAGUGGAUUUAAUUUGGAAGAAGCCCGUGCUAGUUUGGAGGCCAGUUUUGCAAACGAAGCAGAGAUUGUUUUCACUACAGUUUCUAGCAGUGGCCGGAAGUUGUUUUCUCGCCUUUCCCAUGGUUUUGAUAUGGUGGUCAUUGAUGAGGCAGCCCAAGCCAGUGAGGUGGCAAUUCUGCCUCCCCUCUCUCUCGGUGCAGCUCGAUGUGUUCUUGUUGGAGAUCCUCAGCAGCUUCCUGCUACAGUUAUAAGCAAGGCUGCUGGAACAUUGAUGUACAGUAGGAGUCUUUUUGAAAGGUUCCAGCAAGCAGGUUGCCCGACAAUGUUGCUGUCUGUGCAGUAUAGAAUGCACCCUCAUAUUCGGGAUUUCCCUUCUAGGUACUUCUAUCAGGGGCGCCUUACCGAUAGUGAAAGCGUGGCUAAACUGCCUGACGAGCCAUACUACAAGGACCCUUUACUUAAACCUUACCUAUUCUAUGAUAUCAGACACGGGCGCGAGUCUCACAGAGGUGGAUCAGUCUCUUAUCAAAACAUACAUGAAGCACAAUUUUGUCUCAGAUUGUAUGAGCAUGUUCAGAAGACAGUCAAAUCUCUGGGUCUAGGAAAAAUUACUGUUGGCAUAAUUACUCCAUAUAAGCUGCAAUUGAAAUGCCUCCAGCGUGAGUUUGACGAAGUCUUAAAUUCAGAAGAAGGGAAGGAUCUAUAUAUCAAUACAGUAGAUGCUUUCCAAGGUCAAGAACGAGAUGUCAUUAUAAUGUCCUGUGUGCGUGCAUCUAGUCACGGUGUUGGUUUUGUUGCAGAUAUUCGUCGGAUGAAUGUUGCCCUUACACGUGCAAGAAGGGCCCUUUGGGUCAUGGGAAAUGCGAAUGCUCUGGUGCAAUCUGAAGAUUGGGCUGCAUUGAUUAAUGAUGCUAAAUCUCGAAAUUGCUAUAUGGAUAUGGACUCUCUUCCUAAAGACUUCCUGGUGUCCAAGGGACCUGUUUACACAUCAUUGCCCGGUAAGCCUUCAUCAAAUAUGAGGGGCAUGAGAUCAGGUGGACCAAGAUAUAGAUCAAUGGAUAUGCAUAUGAUGGAGUCCAGGUUGGGAGCACCAUCUGAAGAUGACGAGAAUAUGGGUGCUCCAAUUGGCUCGAGAAAUGGGAACCAUCGCCAAUCACGGUUUUCAAUGGAGAACUCCAUAGAUGAUUUUGAUCACGGGGGUGACAAAUCCAGAGAUGCUUGGCAGUAUGGUAUACAGAAGAAGCAGAACUCAUCUGGACCCAUGGGAAAGAGAGACGUAUAACCAUUCCUUGUCUGCAGAUUCUUCUUCUGCAUCACGUGGAGAUAUGUGGACUGUUUGAUUUCCUCAUACUGUGAUCUCCCACAGACAAAAAGCUUGUCUCGGCCGCGAUAUUGGGGCUUUCGGCAAAGCUAUAUGAGCCACAAGAUUCUCGGCCUUGGAAGAGGGAGGUGCAUGCAAUGGAUGGAUGAGUUGGACAGAUGCUUGUGUUGGUUCUGACAAAUUUGGGCACAUAACUGGGAUGGGAUUUGUGGGGGGAAGACUGCAGAAGAUUUGCUGCCAACCCUUAUUUAUGGAGUGAAUGGAUUGGAGACAACCUGCUGGAAAGCGGGGGAAUACUCAAUUUUGUAUCAGAAUGACAGGAAAAAACAUGAUUUUAGGGAUCUAAGGACGCAGUUUGCUGUCAACUACUGACUUUGUACAUAGAUGGGUUCACAACAUUUUUUUUAGCAAAUUGUUUGUGUUUCAUCAAUUUCAUGACAACCUCAAGUGUUUCACCUCCAAAGAAGAAAGGAAAUAUAGGGGUUACCCAUGUUCUUAUGUUACUUUCCUAUACACUGAAAUCUGCUUGUAUGAAAACUUCUAUCAUUUAUUUAUUUAUUUAUUUAUUUUGUUGAAAUCUA